GCAAGGCAAAACAGCAAGGCAUUUAGAAUUCGAGAAAUAAGUUCGCUUAAUAUGUCUGUUCACUUAAAAUUCUCAACCCUGACUCUGAUCCUCUGCCUCACAGUGGAUACUGCCAGACUUGCUGAAUGUGUGAGUGAUAAUGGGAACUGCAGAUGCUGGAGAAUCCAAGAUAAUAAAAUGUCGGGUAGAUACACAGACAACUCUUCUCCAAUCCCCUGAAGCUGUGACAGUGACUGAGGGUGGCACAGUGACAUUUCGCUGUGAUUUGCGAAGCAGCAAUGCUGAUUCCACUGUGAACAGAUAUGAUCUACACUGGCACCAUUCACGUGGUGGGCUGAAAAUAUUGAGUCAUUAUGUAAACGGCCGUGUUUACCGAUCGAGAGGAUUCUCUGAGCGGUUCCAGCUUUCCAGAAAUGUAACCAGUAACAGUUACAUUCUGACCAUCAGAGACCUGAAGCUCACUGACAGCAACACCUACAUCUGUGAGAUUUGGGGGAAGAUCUAUGGAAACGGAACCCGCCUGAAUGUAACCAUUGCAAAUCCUCCGAUUCUUCUCCAAUCUCCGAGCCUGGAACGUGUCACCGAGGGUCACACUGCCCGGUUACAGUGCACCAUCAGGAACGCCGCAGUGACACGUACCGAUGUUCACUGGUACUGGGAACAACCAGGGAAUACCACGGAGUGGGUUUUAACACAUGACGUGAGGAACAUCACACAAAGGAGCCCAGGAUUCACUGAGCGAUUCCAGUCUUUCAGAGACUCCUCCAAUAACAGCUUCAUUCUGACCAUCACAAACGUGCAGCCCAAUGACACUGGGAUCUAUUAUUGUAAAGUGUGGGGAGAUAUCAGUGGGAAUGGAUCCAAGCUGACUGUAACCGAUCCAUUGGCUGAUCCAGUCCUCAUUCAGUAUCCAAGGUUCAGCAAGGUACCAGAGGGUGAAACUGUCGAGUUCCAGUGUGCCAUGCACAAUGCCAGUGUGAAUGACACUGAUGUCCACUGGCACUACCAGCAACCUGGCAGCAACAGGGAGUGGGUGAUAAGCCAGUUUGAGAAUGGCACCUUCACCAAGGCCCAGGGUUUCCAUGAUCGUGUUCAUGCUUCCAGGAAUGUUGGCAGUAACAGUUACAUUCUGCGCCUUGUGAAUGUGACUCUCAAUGAUAGUGCUGUGUACCACUGCAGUGUGUGGAGCUACAUUUAUGGAGCAGGGAGCCAGCUCAAUGUAACUGUUGCAAAUCCCCCAGUCCUUCUCCAGUCUCCGAGCCUGGAACGUGUCACUGAGGGUCACACUGCCCGGUUACAGUGCACCAUGAGGAAUGCUGCAGUGACACACACCGAUAUUCACUGGUACCAGGAGCAACUGGGGAACAACAAAACAUGGGUUUUAACACAUGACGUGAGGAACAACACACAAUGGAGCCCAGGAUUGACUGAGCGAUUCCAGUCUUCCAGAGACCCCUCCAAUAACAGCUUCAUUCUGACCAUCACAAAUGUGCAGCCAAAUGACACUGGGGUCUAUUACUGUAAAGUGUGGGGAGAUAUCAAUGGGAAUGGAACCCUGCUGUCUGUAAUGGAGCAAUCUGAAGAGCUGUGGUUAAUGAUAAUCAUUGGCGUUGCCCUGGCAUUUGUUGUCUUACUCUGCAUCUUUCUCAUCAUACUUCUUUAUGUGAAGAAAUGGGCCUGUUUUCAACACCGAUCAAAACCAGAGGGGACCUCUGAAGAAGAGCUUAACACGGUGUAUGCAACAGUCAGUGCUGAAGUGCAGAAUAAACAAAUGACUGCGUCCCCUCCUCCAUUGGAGGAAGGGGAGUUGUAUUAUGCUGAUAUCCAGUUCUUCCGAAAGAAAACUGAACAGCCAGCUACAGUGGUCACUGAGGAGUCAACCGAGUACGCUGCCAUCAAAUAUACAUAGUGACGAGCAAUCAGUUCUUCAGCAAGUAAUGAAGAGCAGUCUUUGCUGCCAUUAACUCCAAAACCAGCAGAACGAAGGACAGUCAAUCAUCACAAUUACUUAUUGAUAUUUCUGCUUGAUAAUUAUUCCAGAAUUUGCAUGGUGCAGCUUCCUGGCAGAGUGAAGUCUCUGGGUAGUGAAUCCAUAAGGUGACCAGAUUUUAAAUAGCAAGAAACCAGGGUGAGUUUAAUGGGCAUGGGAAAGUUGGGCAUUGCUGAGCUGAUUGUUACCACAUUGGGUGAACAGUGCAAAGAAUCUCAAGGUUAGGCAUAGAAAUUGGAGUGGGUGGGAAACAGGGGGAAAUAGUUAUGUCAUGACACUUUUUGGAAUAUCUUCAGCUGGGGUUCUCUGCUGCAGAAAGUUUUGAAGCUAAAACAUUAACUAUUUUCAAGAUGGAGUUAGACAUAAUUCUUGGGGCUAAAGGGAUCAAAAGGCAUGGGGGCAGGGAAAGCAAGAACAGGGUUGUGAGUUUGACGAUCAGCCAUCAUCAUAUUGAAUGGCAGAUAGGCUUGAAGGGCCACUCCUGUUUUCUCUUUCUCUGGCAGGGGUGUGGUGAGGAGUAGGGAGCGAGGCUGACUAUUGGCAGGGAGGAUACAGGGUUCGCUGUGUACAGUGCAACGUGAAGUAAUAAGGGUUUCCUUGGAGAGAAACAAACAUGUCACACUGACUUUUUCUGAAGUCCUGGUUUACACUCUUAACUAAGGAGAGGUGAGAACUGAGUUAUUUUAACUAUUUUCUGGAAAUUGUCAGGAACCCAGAAGACUUUAGAGAAACCAGGACAGUCCCUUAGGAAGCCUGGGAAUCUGGUCACUCCCUGAGCCCACCAACAGCAUCAUCUGUUAGGAUAGUGAGCCUAGUAGAAGCCAAACAGGCCUCCUGUUUAACAAACGUAGCAGGAAAUUCUCCCUUGUUAAACUUGACAAAAUGAAACUGUCCUGGUGGCCAACAACAGCAGAAUUCUGGACUCCUGAACCUUGUUCACAUGCUUUCCCAUGGAAGGUUCCAUUGGACUAGUCUUCGUCAUUGCUCAUUAACAGAGAAGCAGUGAGCUGAUUUGAGAAGAAUGACUGUCAGCCAUUUCAGUGCCUCAUGUAACUGCAUCAAACAAAAUAGAAAGCACUUUGGAGCAGAAAUCUUAACAAAUUGAAAAUUUACUCAAGGCACUUUGGAACGACAAGGAUUUUAUUUUUAUUCAAGUGCUUACAGCAGGACAGCUAACUGAGAAAUAGUGACAAAUCAAAAUAAAAAUACUUGGAAUGAACAGAGGGAAGAGUGAAUUGGGAUGAAUGCUCAGUCAAAGCAGGAAUCAUUCUUUUCAUGGGUUUGUGAGAUGGUUUUAAUCUGAAGUAUGCUGAAGAUCGAGUUCAACAGAGCGGAUGAGUGGUCAUGAUCUGCAAUCUUUACCCACUCACCUCUCUCAGCGCCGAACACAAAAUUCACACCUUUUAUUCUUAAAUUGUAAAAUGGUAUAUUGUAGGAAUACGUAAUGUCAUACACUGUAUGUCUCCUGAAAUUAUUAAGCAGCUUCAUUAUUUUAGUUUCAGUUUUUGCAAUUCUAAUGUUCUUGACAAACUGGAGUAUACAACUAGAUCAGAUACGCAAAGGAGUACUGCAUAGUUUAUCUCCACAUCCAGGUUUAGCUUAGAGAGGAUGAAACCAGGACUGGAGUGGGGUGUGAGAGGGGUGGGGAAGCAUGGAGAAACAUGGGGAGUGCGGGUGAGUGCAGUGGGCAGAGUUGGCCUUUGACAUGAAAUUGAGUAGAAUGCAACUGUACUCUUUGGAGUAUAGAAGAAUGAAAAGUAAUCUAAUGGAGCAUCUCAAGUCAUGUUGUUCCUUCACAGCGUAGACACUGCGAUGCUGCUUUCCCCCCUGACUGCAGGAUGGGGUGGGGACAGGCAUACACAUUCUCAGGAUAAAGGGUUGAUUAUAUUGGAUAGAGAUGAGGAGACAUUUCCUGAUCCAGGCACAUCUUUUGGAUUUAGGACUCCAGAGAUCCAUGGGUGUUCUGGACUUGAACAUAUUCUCCGCAGGAAUCAACUGACUUUUUGUCUCUCAGGGAAGUUAAGAUUUCUAAAAUAGUUAUUUCCUUAUGUGAUGUGUGCAUCACUGGCAAGGCCAGCAUUUGUUGCUUAUCCCUAACUGCCCUUGCAAUGAGUAACAUGCUAUGCCAUUUCAGAGGCUAGUUGUAAAUCAGUCAGAUUGUUGUGGCUCUGGAGUCACUUGACGAGGUAAGGAUGACAGAUGUCCUUCCCUAAAGGGCAGCAGUGAACCCCAGAGAGAUUUUUACAACAAUCGGUGACAGUUCUCAUGGUGUUCAUCACAGAGACCCACAAUUCCAGAUUCAAUUAAUUGAAUGUAAACAGCACUAAUUAACACAGUAGAGUUUGACCCAGUGACCCAGAGCAUGAACCUGGGCCACUCAGUCAUUAAUUUAAUCACAAUACCACUACUCCACCAUCUCUGGGAUCAGGUGGGAAAAUGGAAAUUAGGCAGAAGAUAAAACAUGAUUGUAUUAAAGGGAGAGGAGCAGAUUUGAUGAGCAGAAUGGUUUGUUCCUACUGUGAUUUUGAAUGCUUAUAGGAAUCCUUGCUAAGAAAGAGAGUAAAGAUUCAAAUGGCAGAGGGUGAUGUUAGGACAGACACUGCUGUUGAUCAACGGCUGCAAUGUCCUUCCAAUUCACUGGAUUAAUUUGAGGAUUAGCUGGAGAUGAACUGAGAGCUGGUAUACUGAAAUUAGGAGUCUCAGUGGGUUAAAUGUUUGUUUAAGCCAUCUUGCGAACAUCGCUGAGAAAUAUUGCAAAGACUGUCUCAGAGUGAUACUUCCUCAUUGCAAUGGAAAAAAUAGAAAACCAGAAACAAUUUCAAAUGAAUUGGUGCUGUGGAUAAUGUGGACAACACUGCAAUUGUUGAUACUUCCUCAAAUUCUCUGCAACUGAACAGUCCUAUUGUCUGUGUGCACUGGCCUGUGCCUGUAACUGUAUAAUUUCCGGCCCCUUGUUUGUACUUUUCAUCAGAAAUAACAAUAGAUUUUUUACGUAAGUGAUUAAUGUUCAGAUUGGAUAUGAAUCUCUCUGUUUGCCACAUAAAGAAUAUUUUAGAUUGUCUUUAUUUUAAACUA